AUGUCUGUUCGCUUUGCAGAACCCGAAAUAAUUGACGACGGUGAACUAGAAGAAGGUGAAGAAACUGUAUCGCGUUCAUUUUAUGAUUUCGGUCUUGACAAUCGUAUAUUAAAAGCAAUAGCCGAUUUACAAUGGGCAUCACCAACAGCUAUACAAGCUGAAACUAUUCCGUAUGCAUUGUCGGGUAAAGACCUCCUUGUUAAAGCACGUACAGGUAGUGGUAAAACCGGUGUUUAUGCAAUAGCAGCAAUUCAGCAUUUACUAACAAAGCAGCAAACAAAAACUAGCAAUGUUCGUAUAUUAAUAUUAUCGCCAACAAAAGAAUUAUGCCAUCAAAUAGCAACUGUGUUAUUCAAAUUGACAACAUAUUGUCGUCGUGAAAUAAAUCUUUACGAUUUAUCGAAUUCAUUAUCAACACAAAUACAAAAACAAUCAUUAAUAUCAAAUAGUAAUGCGUUACCUGAAAUCAUUAUUUCAACGCCAACAAAAUUACUCGAACAUUUAAAAGAUUCUACAUCAGCAUUGAAUUUAAGUACUCUAGAAUUAUUUAUACUCGACGAAGCUGAUAUACUUUAUUCACUUGGUUAUGCAAAUGAUAUGAAAAAAAUUUCAAAAUAUUUACCAUCGAAAUCAAAAUCUUAUCAAUGUUUCUUAAUAUCAGCAACACUUAACGAUGAUAUAACGCAAUUAAAAGAAUUGUUUCUUCAUAAUCCAGUGAAAAUCAAUCAGAAUGAUGAUUAUUCAACAAUCUUACCAGAUAAUAAACAAUUAUUACAAUAUUAUAUCUAUUGUGAACAAGAUCAGAAGUUUAUUUUAAUUGUAACUAUAUUAAAAUUACAAUUAUUAAUGGGACGAACUAUUCUAUUCGUUAAUUCAGUUGAACAAGCAUAUCGGUUAAAACUAUUAAUGGAACAAUUUCAUAUAAAAACUUGUUUAUUAAAUAGCGAAUUACCAAUGGAUUCACGUUUACAUAUUGUUCAACAAUAUAACGAUGGAUUAUAUGAUAUAAUGAUUGCAACGGAUGCACCGAGUGCCGUUCCCAUACAGGAAGAGGAACAACCGGAACCAGAAGCUGAAGAAGACUCAAAAAAAAAGAAAAAGAAGAAAACAGAGCCUGUAACUCGAAAAGGAGAUAAAGAAUAUGGUGUAUCACGUGGUAUUGAUUUCUAUCGAGUAGCUAAUAUUAUCAAUUUUGAUUUCCCCAUGGAUUUUGAUUCAUAUGUUCAUCGAGUUGGACGAACUGCUCGUGUUGAUCAAAAAGGUUUGGCUCUUUCAUUGAUCACUCAAAAAGAAAUGCCAUAUUUUGAAAUUGUACGUGGCGAACUUGAAAAUGAAUAUGGUGAAGAUAUGUUUCACUUGUAUCGUUUCAAAUCUGAGCAAGUUGAUGGUUUCCGUUAUCGUGUAUUAGAUUCACUACGUGGAAUAACACGCGUAUCUAUUCGUGAAGCACGUUUAAAAGAAAUUAAAUCGGAAAUAUUCAAUUCAAAAAAAUUAAAAACAUAUUUCAAUGAUAAUAAGAAAGAAUUGCAAUUACUUCGACAUGAUUCAGCAUUACAUGUCGUUAAAGUAAAAGAACAUUUGAAACAUGUGCCGGACUAUCUUAUUCCAAACUCAUUGAAAAAAUCGUCAACAUCGCAUUCUGAACAACCAACUUCGACGAACAACAAGAGAAAACCUGAUAAUUCAAAUAGAAAUGUUAAGCGAAUGAAACAUAAUAAUCCUUUGUCGAAUUCAUUAAAUGCUGUUAGUGUUUUGAAAAAAGAAAUAGCACGAAAAAGAACAUGA